AUGGAAACCCCAAAAAUCCUCUUGAACGUAAGUGGUAACUGUCAAAAUGUUCCUGCUUACUCCAAUGGAAUAUGGAAUGUAGCCCAUGGAGAAACUAUUCUCCAACAUUCAUUGGUUCGUUUCCAUGUUCAAUUACUUGCCAUGUUUCUCCUCUCCAGCUCCUUUCACCUUUUGCUCCGUCGAUUCCAUUUAUCACGUUUUACCUCAGAAAUCCUGACAGGUAUAGUAUUGGGACCAGCUAUAAUGGGAAAAUACUUUAACAAUGCAUCAAGCAAAUUAUUCCCACCCUAUGAGGAGAUCAUUAUUUCAUUAUCAAAGUUUGGUUACGUGCUGUUCGCGUUCCUUGCUGGUGUAAGAAUGGACCCAACCUUGAUUGGGAAAACAGGAAGAACAGCCUUCAUUUUGGGGUUUAUGUCGUCCGUCACUGCUUUCAUUAUCAUAGAGUCUACUGGGUUCCUAUUUCCUAAAGGAUUGAAGACUGGUGGAUCGAAAAACGCAAAGGUGAUGUUUGCAAGAAUAUAUAUGGCUUGUAUGAUCCAGACCCAAUUUGUUGGAGUCAGUUUCAUUUUAAUGCAGCUGAAGAUGAUAAACUCACAGCUUGGACACAUUGCUCUGGCAUCGUCUUUGGUCAAUGAAUUGUUAAGGCUGGCAUUUGGAUUUAUGUCCGGCUUCCUUUUUACCUUUAAUGUUUCCGAACGGGCUGGAGUUCAGACCAUUAUUUUUUCCCUUAUAUUCGUCGUGUUAAUUCUAACCCUAAUGAAGCGACUCAUGUUCGUAGUUGUUAGAAUAACACCAGAAGGUCAGCCUGUGAAGGAAAUCUAUGCUACUGUUACUGUGGCAACGGUAUUUUUAAUUUCGACAUGGGGUGACAGCAUAGGGCUAAAUUACCUGGCCGGCCCUUUGAUACUCGGCUUAGUGCUGCCUGCAAGGUCUCCAUUAGCUGAAAUCCUGAUAGCUAAGUUCGAUACAAUUGUUUCCGGAUUUCUUCUACCACUCAUGGCAAUGCUUUAUGCAUCAAAAGUCAAUCUGUGGCAAAUUAUGAAAGAGUUUGACAGUCUUCUCAUUUUUAAAAUUUCGUUGAUUGGAUUCACAAUGAAGGUGGUAGCAACUUUUUUUCUAGCGAAGUUUUGCAAGAUACCUACAAGACACGCUGUUGCCCUCGCUUUGAUUUUGAACGCCAAAGGGAUCAAUGAACUAGGAACGUUGGGCAGCUACAGCACUUUUCGGGAUAUUCACUCAACCAGUGGGAUUUUCUUGAUAUUUUUGCUCCAAGCGCUUCAGCCACUAGUCAAAAUGCUCUACCAUCCUGCAGAGCAUUACCUGAGCUACAAGAAAAUGAGUGUUGAACAUGCUUCAGGAGAUGCAGAGCUCAAGAUACUGACCUGUGCAUAUAGACAGGAAGAUGCCGUUGCAGCAAUCAAGCUACUAGAAUAUUCAAAUCCUACACAAGAAAGUCCUUUGUCCAUUCAUGGACUCUGCCUAGAGGAACUUGUUAGCAGCUUUACACCUCUUUUAAUAAACCAUCAAUUAGGCCAGAAGAACUCUUCUUCCAAAGGAUCUCGCUCGCAACCCAUCGUUGAUAUCUUCAGGUACUUGAAGUCAGAACACAAGAAGUCAGUUCAAGUGCAAGUAUUCACUGCAAUAUCACCGCUUAAACAGAUGCACGAGGACAUUUGUUGGCUAUCAUUCAACAAGUCCUGUUCCCUGAUAGUGCUCCCAUUUCAUAAGAAAUGGAACAGCAAAGGCAAAAUGGUUUCAAACAACAAUGAUUUGAGGAAUUUGAACAUUAAAGUAUUGGAAUUGGCCCCUUGUUCUGUAGGAAUUCUUAUCGAUCGCAGUAGAGCACAUGGCUUAUCUUCUAUUUUUAUCACAUCAGCGACAUAUAGAGUGGCAACAAUAUUUGUUGGAGGCCCAGAUGACAGGGAGGCACUGGCGUAUGCCUUAAGGAUGGCAAGAUGCCCCAAAGUCCAUCUAACAGUCGUGCGUUUCAUCGGGCAUGAUGAUCACGCCCAUCAAAGGUGGCAGUUUAUGAUAGAUGAAGACCUUCUGAGAAGGCUGAGAACUGAAAUGUCAGGGGGUAGUAAUAUAAAUUACAUUGAGAAGACGGUGAGAGAUGGAUCUGAUACAUCUUCCACAAUUAAAUCAAUAGUUGGAGAUCUUGAUCUUAUAAUGGUAGGACGCAGCAGCCAUGGAACUGAGUCUGAAGCUUUAUCAGGCCUAUCAGAAUGGACUGAUUUGCCAGAGCUUGGGCCGAUAGGGGACCUGCUAGCUUCGGAAGAUACCACUUGUCCAGUUUCAGUGUUGGUGGUUCAACAACAAAUAAGAAAAGAGAGUCCUAAGAUUGCUUGGAAAUUCUGGUAG